AUGCCGGAACACAGUCCGGCUCCGACUCCGCAUAGGGCGAUCUACGGCUUCGCCUUCUACAUGCUAUUUACGGUCCUGUUCAUCAUCUACGUGGCCUGGGCUCUGUUGCCCUUCGAGUUCGGUCUGCAUUCCUAUCUGCCGGAUAAAUAUUUCGCCGUUUUUAUUCCCUUUCUGGUGCUGGUGUUUGCCUGGUUCUUCGCUUUCCUUAUAUAUCCGGCCAUCAACCUCUCCAUGACAGUGAAUGUGGACGACAUUGCUUCUGUGGUAGAUCCCAAACUGGCUCUUCCCAAGGGAACCAAGUUCACAUCCUGGUCACAGUUGCAAAAAAAGAACAAGACUCCGAAGUCAAAGCAGGAGAUCCCUUCUCCCGUGAACUGUAAUAUCUGCCGGACGCAGCACCAGCCAGUAACGCGUGCCCCCAUCGCACCACUGCGCUUCUUGGACCUCCAGGAAGUAAAUACAGCGUAUUACAACUAAAAAAAACUAACAGCU